GACGUUCCAUUUAAUUUUGUCGGGUAAUAGGGAAAACAACCUUUGAAGUCAAUAACAAACCGUUCGUGUCUAUGCCAUGUAUUGUACUGGCAGUAGUGGCAGUUGAGUUUGGCAUGAGUGAGGCAGUCUUGUGUCGCAUUGACUUUGAGUGGUUGUUAUGUUGAUCUCUAGUGGAUUCGCAGUGAAUUUGUGUUUUUAACAGAAUUGUGACUGAAAAUGCUAAAGAAAUGUAAUGCUUAAAACCUUAUUGUAACAGUGAAGUGCAGUUUAGUUAUUCUAAGUGAACGUUAUUGUGUUAAACUUGACGGGCGUAAUUCUGUGCUAUUAUUUAAAGAAUAGCCGGCUUACCUUGUUGUGGUGAGAAAUGCAGUUGGUGUUUUCUCGAUGCCAGCGAUGUAGCGGCGCAAUCACAAACUGCGAAAACGUGAAAAGUGUCCGAUAUUGAGUUCCAAACUCGUCCCAUCCCUGACAACUCGCGCGUGAAACAGUUGCGUUAAUUCGUUAUUCAAAAAUGUGGCAACGUGAUUGGUUUACGCGAUCGGCGAGUUCUUGAUUAGUGAUGUGCCGUGUCGAUAGUGGUUAUCGUUAGUGAGAUGGCGACUAUGGAUUUGACGAACGAGGUGGUCCGCUUAAGGGCUGAGCUCGAGAAAGUCUCGACUGAAAGGGACAUGCUUCUAUGCGAGGUGUCGAACCUGCGCAGGGAGCUCGAGCUUAGCGAGUUGAAGAACCUGCAGGAUGACAGCUUCUCCCAGAAAGUGGACGAGGAGGAAGGCAGCGGCAGCGUGGCUCUCCAUCCGCCGGACGGGUUCUACUCCCACCAGCACUCCAUCCACAGCGGGCAUCAUGGCCACCACGCGGAACCCGACCGAGGCUACAUGGAGGGCAACAGAUACGUCACUGCUGUGCACAGGCCCAUGCCUGCCCUAAACCAUUCGAACUCGUCAUGCUCGUCCGCGUCGAACGCUUCGACCGGCGCCGGGCUGAUGUGCGCGGGCGCCGCCGAGCCAGCGCCGCCGCUGUACAUUGCCGCGCCCCCCGAGGGCUUCGGCCACGCCGUCCACAACAGGCGUGGCACAGACGUGUCCAUCAUGGGAACUACAGGAAUAACGCAAAAAGAUCCCAGUUUAUCCCAAAAAAGGGGUAAAUUGACCAGAGGUCGUUAUGAAAUGUCACAAGACCUGCUCGACAAGCAAGUUGAAAUAUUAGAGAGAAGAUACGGCGGUCUCCGCGCCCGGCGCGCGGCUGUGACCAUACAAAGAGCCUUUAGGAGACGACAGCUCUUGAAGAAGUUCAGUGCCAUCACUGCGAUGGCGAAGGCUGCUGAUUCCACGGCCAGGAGAAUGCAGGACGGGCCGGAUCAUGGUCAACUAGUCAAUGGAAACGACAUAUACGCAAACGCGCUGAUACAGAAGAGCCCGGGGGGCGCCGAGAAGGUCUUGGCUCUCACCAGGCCUAUGCGUUCCAUGUCGCUGCGAGAACGCCACGACGUCGAUAUGAGUAAUCACCUACAAUGCGAAAGCCAGGACGUUGACGCGAUGGUGGCCAGAGUACAACAGUCCGCGCACCAGAUACACAUGCUGGCGACAGACAUGCCGCAGCAUCACAGAGGCGAUACAGACAGCGGGGUUUGCAGUUGCUCCGUGAGCGGGUCGGUGACGAACAUAUCGACGUCGUCCUCGCACAAUGAAUCUCUACACAACCACCAGUUGUUAAACAAUACAGGUCCCAUUUACGGCAACCUCCUGUCCUCCGGCGGCAAACCUCUCUCCUCGCCGACGGCAAGACAGCAGCAACAACUAGCUGCCAUACAAGCAGCAAACGCGCGUCGGUUUCCGCCUGACGUGCCGAAACGCACAAGCAGUAUCACACUCAACGCUGAAAGCCCAGUUUCCCUCCGACGCGCCGAAUGCGGCGCCAACGUCGUCCGCGGCGGCUCCAUGUCCUCAGUGCAAUCAUCAUCAUCUUCCUCCUCGCAGGAGCAUCGCCACCACUAUCACCAGCCGUACCAGCCUAGAGCUCCUGAGCCCCACGUGCACAUUCAAGAGCAACACUUCCAACAACACCAGCGCACCGCGUCUGGAACAUUGUACGAGCCGGUGAACAGCUACGGUGUAUGGAAACGGCAAGAUGCGCCGCCAUACUACGAGGCGCCGCAACAGUGCUGCCGCCCCGUGCACGACACACAGAUCAAGGUUUCAGAAACGGUCCGCAAGCGUCAAUACCGCGUGGGUCUCAAUCUCUUCAACAAGAAACCCGAGCGAGGCAUCGCUUACCUCAUCGCCCGUGGAUUUUUGGAAAAUUCCCCCCGCGGCGUCGCAAGAUUCCUUAUUACUAGGAAAGGCUUGAGCAAGCAGAUGAUCGGGGAAUAUCUCGGAAAUCUGCAGAACCAGUUCAACAUGGCUGUGCUAGAAUGCUUCGUGAACGAGCUAGAUCUCUCCGGCAUGGCUGUGGACGUGGCCCUGCGCCGCUACCAGGCACAUUUCCGGCUGCCCGGCGAGGCGCAGAAGAUCGAGCGGCUGGUCGAGGCAUUUGCGCGACGCUACUGCGUCUGCAAUACCGACUUUGUGCAGCGACUUCGGACGCAGGAUACGAUCUUCGUGCUAGCCUUCGCAAUCAUUAUGCUGAACACCGACCUGCAUACGCCCAACCUGAAGCCAGAAGCGCGGAUGGCGCUCGACGACUUCGUUCGGAACCUACGAGGCAUCGACGAUUGUGGUGACAUCGACCGGGAUAUGCUAGCCGGGAUCUACGAGAGAGUGAAGUCUAGUGAAUUCAGACCGGGAAGCGAUCAUGUCACGCAGGUGAUGAAGGUGCAGGCCACCAUCGUUGGCAAGAAACCGCAUUUGGCGUUGCCGCACCGCCGGCUCGUGUGCUACUGCCGGCUGUAUGAGAUACCGGACAUACACAAGAAGGAGCGUCCGGGCGUGCACCAGAGAGAGGUGUUCCUGUUCAACGACCUGCUGGUGAUAACGAAGAUCUUCAGCAAGAAGAAGUCCUCGGUCACGUACACUUUCCGCCAGUCCUUCCCUCUGUGCGGCAUGAACGUCAAUCUCUUCUCCGUGCCACACUACCCGUUCGGCAUCCGCCUCUCCCGGCGCGUGGACGGGCGACGCCUGGCCACGUUCAACGCGCGCAACGAGCACGACCGCUGCAAGUUCGCUGAAGACCUUCGCGAGAGCGUCGCUGAGAUGGACGAUAUGGAGAACAUGCGUAUUGAAGGAGAGCUAAACCGCGGAAAGGGAAGGCAGGGGAAUAAUAAUAGACAAGUGAUGGAAAACAGAGACAGCGGUGUAGCUGACGUCGAAAUUGAUCAUCAACAAUGCAUGGACCACGUCCAUGUGCACGGCGUGGUGGUCCCGCCGCCGCCAUCUUGCCCGGCGCCGGCGGCCCCGGCGCGACACUCGCAGAACCCUCCUCCUACGAGCAUCAUCAAGCGCAACGUGCUGUCCAACUCGCUCGUCGACAUCAACGACCCAGUGGCAAUGGCAGCAGAGCGGCUGCAGCGGCGCGGCUCCGUGGGCUCGCUGGACUCGGGCAUGUCGGUGUCGUUCCAACACGGGUCCCGCACCGCCCUGCAUGCCACCUCGCCUCGGCAUCCCCCCGACCAGCGCUCGCCAGGCCGUCUUUUCAGCGGAAUAUUCCCCAGCCGAACUCGAAAACUGAGCGCUUCGGGCGUCCUUGACAAAUCGGGCAAUGUCGGCAAAAGCACCGAGGUGUAAGCCAAUCAGCGAGCACCGAGCUAGCCAAUCACAGCGUAGCGCGCCGCGCGCCGACUCUUCAUUUCGAAUUUGGAACUCUUUCCAUUGAUUGGUUCAUUUUAAAUUUCGAAUGCAUUCCAAUCGUUUACGUUUCAGAACGUAACGUAGUUUGGAUGAUAGUUUUUUUUUUCUUAGUGCCAUCUUUCUUUUUAAUUUGGAUGAUAGAAGUCGCUGGGUCACUUUAAACCAGGGUAAAAAGUUAAGGGACUGGUAGGGGUCUUCGAAGUGCCAAUGUAACGGCCACUCGAAUUUAUUUUUGAAAUAAGAAUACGAUAUUUAAACCUAAUUUGACAAUAUAAAGAAAUGCAACGAUUGUCAGACUAGCAUGACGCAUUAAUAUUUUCUUGCAGUGACAAUUGCAUGAUUUUACAUAUAAAAAUCACGGAUUUGUAAUAUUUACCUACAUUUUGCAAGUGUGAUGGAACUAUCGAAAAGUAUAUUGGGUCCAUGUUUUGCAUGUAUUAUGUUGUUUUAGAUGUUGGUAACAUUUGGUGUAUGUUUUUUAUCAUACUGGUUUGUUACAAAAAAAAGAAUGUUUUUUUUAACUUACCAGGAUGAUAUAAAUGUUGGAAUGUAGACGUUUUUGAAUAUUUGAUAUAAACGAGAGAACUAACACUGAGGUUGAAAGAUACAGAAUUUCAAGUCAAAUUUGACAUAAACGAAUAUACGCAUAUUGAUAUUAUCAUAUUUUUCAAUACAUGUUACCAUUCAAAAAGUAUUAAAGAUUUUAACGUAGCGAUCUUAAUGUGGAAUCUUUUUCUUUAGAAUAAUUGUACAUACGUUUGGAAUAAACAAAGCAAUAGCAAUAUGUAGUUUCACCGUUGAACUUAUUAUUACUAACGUAUAGAACCGGCAUAGAGAAACAGUAUUUUGCGCCAUGAGUUGAUGUUGUUUUGACAACAAACCAAAGAAGCGGAGCGUGAAUCUCGCGACCUAAACGCGUAAGCGCCACGAAAUUUACGGCGCUUACGACGUUUUGGUCGCGUGGUAAAGUCUGCGAUUGCGACAAUUUCAUUGUUUGAUAUGGCUUCUUUAUAGUAAUAAUAACUCAAUAAGUUUCACAUAAAAAUUUGUGCACAAAAAGCAAUAACAUUAGAAACAUCACAGUUUUAACAGAAUUAUAUUUAUAGUUACAAAAUACGAAUUUAUUAACUAUUGUUGAUGAAUUUUAGCGUUUAUAAGUAAUUUGAGAAAAUUUCUAAAAAAUAUAAUAAAAGUCCCGAUUGUCCGUUUAAAAAAAAACUCGAUUCCAACUAGUCUUUAAAGCAUUUCGAUCGAGUGUCCAUAAUAAAGCUAUUUAAAAAUUAUUAUAUACCCAUUUAGGUAAAUAAGAGUUUAAAUAUAAAGAAAUCUUCCAAACGUAGAUAUUUCGAUUGUUUUUGUGACUGUAAACCUAAAGGCUGCUUUUCAAUUUCAUACUUGCAAGACCUGUUGUUACCUGUUCCUUGGAUUUUACCAUUAAAUAUAACUUAUUAUAUUUAAGUAACCAAUUUAAAGUAAUAAUUAACCGGCCGGUCUUUAUUAUAAAGAGUUGGAGAAAAUGUGGUCACUUUUAAAUGUCUUUCUUAGUUUUACCUACCGUUCAAUGCCUGGUUGAAGAGAAAUUUGUGAUUCGUACUAAACGAAAAAAUAUACAAUUUAUUUCAUAAACUUAAGGCCAGAACACACCGACUGGUUAAUAUUGACGUGUGCGUAACAUAUUGGAGCCUUGCUCGCACACGUCACGCAAGCUGUGUGCCGUCGCUCAUAAAUAUCUGUAUAUUACAACGCACACAUGCACGUCUGCGCACACGCAUAGACCGGUGUGCCCUGUGCGUGAUAGCAUCAAGCAAUAAAAAAUUCAAUGUAAGUGUAACUUGAUAGUGAGUGUCGUUCUUUAGGUACAAAUCGGGACCUUAGGACAGUUAGCGCCUUUUCCAUAAUUUUAACGAAAAAUAAACAUUCUCAAAAAUAGGAGUGGGUUAACAUAUUAAGAUUUUAGCUAAAUACUAAAAUGUGUAACGAUUUUUAGUUAAUACUAAAAACGGUGGAAUGUGUUUUAGUAGGCACGACAUAAGCGCCAAUGACCUCAAGGUCCCUUUUUAUGCCGAAGGUCACAUCUAAUCUAAGAGUCAGGAUUUCUAGCCUAGAUAUUCUUCUUAAAUGUGAGUAUUUAUUAAAACUGGACCGGCCAAAAUACCUAAAUGUUAUAAAACUAAAUUAGUCACUGUUGACUUUGUAACGGUUAGUAGAGUUGUUUCUACUGUUUGAUACGCUAGAUAGGAGGGGGAAACAAAUUGAGAUUUUAGCUAAAUACUAAAAUGUGGAACGAUUUUUAGUUAAUACUAAAAAUGGUUUGAGUAGGCUGGACGUACUUCAUUUUUCUCGCACGACAAAUCUUUUAAAAUCAUUAUCGAGAAUAAACAUCAAAUUUAGGUAUUUCAGUAUAUCUUAGUCGUUAGAAACAUGUUCAUUCAGAUAUUUUGGUUAAUGAUGAUUUCCAAUUCGAAUAAAAUUGAUGAACUACUACUUCCACUUAAUAUAUCAUACAUCAUAUGCAAUAUAUCAUUGAUAUUUUGUAAAUGUUUGAGAGAAUUUACAAGAAAAGAGUUCUUGACACGUUAUUGUGUAAAUUUCCUUUUGCAAUAUUAUUGAAAAAAAAAAACUUGGACCGACGAUUGCAAGAAACCAACGAUAGUGCAUGACUGGUCGUCGUGGAGAUCCCUGGGGGAAUCUUAGUCAUCCUUCUAAUGAUGUGAUGAAAAUACAACCAAGAAUACAAAGGUAACUUACCUACAUAAACACAUGUGUUAAGAACUCUUUUUAUACAGGGUGAUUUUGUUGUCUGACCAUAGGUGGUACUCUGAGGGGUGAAUAUGUAGGUCAUACUGAACAACUUUUACGGCAGAUUUUUUUUGGCGUUUUCGGGGUUGGCUCCAUAAAGUUGUUCAGUAUGCCCUACAUAUUGAACUGAACGAGUCACGCCUGACCAUACUCAGAGACUCAUUCCGCGAUUUCGUCGCGCCGCUACAAGUACAUGCGGCCGCCCCCAGUUCUGAGGUCUAGCCAUAGUAGUUGCCGCACACCGCUACGGAACGGACGCCUGUUCGCGCAUGCGCCACCUAGCGGUCGUAUCUGUCGUAAUAGGCGCAUUUUGUUAGAGAGUGAAUCUUCUGUACCUAGUACUAUUAUUUAUAGGUAUGGUCAGAUAUAACCAAAUUACCGUGUAUUGUGUCUCAUUUAAUUUCACCCAUUGGUAUGAAGUUUUGUAUAAUAUCUCACGAGCAAUAUAUAAAUUAGAUAUAAAAAAAAAACAAAUGUAAUGCAUGACAACUGAAAGGAAUUGAUGAAGUUUCUUCAUUGGUGUAAUUUUUCCUUUUGCUAAUACGUUUACAGAUUUUUUUACUUAUCUUUGUGAUUAGAUUAGGUUUUAAUUGUUUUUGUUAUUUUUUUGUUUUGUGAUGAUUUAUUUUGCUAGUGUUGUUUUUAUUUUCUUAAUAUUAUAUUGAUUCUUUGAGAUGUUUUUAUUUGCUACAUCACAUCCUUAAGAGUAAAUGUAUUAGUAAAAGGAGCAUGUUAUACUUAAACUUAACAAUUAAAUAUUAAAAUUGACAUUUAAAUUGUAAUUGUAGUUUCUCAGUGAAACAAGAAUUUUGAGCGUUUGUGGACGUAUUUCAAGCGAAAUGCGUUUUUCCAUAGGUUUGUAGUCGGAUUUAGAUUUAAUUGAUAAUGUAUUCUAGGUGCCGACACAAACUAUGAUUAGAAAUAGUGUUAAUUCAGCUAACAAAAUUACUUUACUUAUUAUAAUUUAAAAGGUGCUUUAUUUGAUUGAUUUUCAUUAAAUUUACUGGCAUAUCUUUUGUUUAUACAUAUAGCGGACAAAAUAGUUCAGCGUAAUUACACCUAAAUAUGUAUAUGAGUCACGGCUCGUCUUUUCUUAUCGUUUGCACUUAGAAUAUAUCGUCAAUAAUUAGUAGAAGAGUUGGGUAACUCCUGUAAAUUUCGCUUGGCGCCAAAGAUGUAAUAUUCUUGUGUUCACCCUGUACUUGAAAAAUAAUAGAAUUACUUCCCCAGUCUGUGGUUUACCAUUAUUUUGUACACAGAUAGUCUCAUUAUAUAAUUUUAGUUUUUAGCUUUAGUUUUUUUCUGUAACAUAGAACUCACUAACUUAUUCCUUAAUCUGUAUGUAUAUUGAAGAGUACACCUAAUAUAUAUCCUUUAGUUAUAAUGUGUUAUAUAUAGCUAGUAUUAGGGUGCGUACUGCGCCACUUAUUAUAUUGUAUGAUAUGUUGUUGAGAGUUGAUACAACUAAGUCACUUACAAUAGUUUUAUUUAAAAAAUGAAAAUGUAUUUAUUUAUUAAAUAUGAAUUAACAUUCAUGA